AUGUCGACCGCAUUGGAUGUGGAGAGUCAGGAAGUGGCCAGCGAAACUGCAUGGUUCUCAUCCAUGACCUCCUGCUUCGAUAGCCUACGACCUCGUGCCACGCCUUCGACCUUGCGGGAAGCUGACGUCGAGCUCGCUGCACUCGAAGCGAUGCAGACGCAUGUAUACCGACACAUCGUCAUGGCGCGUACAAGGCGUAACACAUUGAUUCCUGCCUGUUCUUUACCUGCCGAGCUUCUCAGCUAUAUCUUCAAACUCGUCCGGCCCCAUUGGAAACCACAACGCAGGAGGGCUUGGCCACUGCCAUACUACGCUGGGUGGAUGUCUUUGACUCACGUAUGUUCUCUUUGGAGACGGAUUAUCCUCGAUGACCCCACUCUAUGGUGUUAUAUCGAUUGCAAUGAUAUUCCUUGUGCUGCAAUUGAUACCAUACUGCAACGAUCUAGAGGUCAACCCCUUCAUAUCAACGUCGACUUCGAGGGCAAUCGUGGCCCAGAUCAUGACCAGAAUUCUUGGACUUGGAUGUCCAAACCCCUGCGGCCCGCCAUCCAAUCUCUCAACGUCCGUGUAAAGGACAUGCUCCUGGACGCAUUACUUCCCCUCGAAAUGCCACGUCUUGAAGAGCUCACCAUUCACGACUUCGGGAUGCUUCCGGCAGCCUACCUCCUUGCCGCGUCAUCCGAAGUGUUUCCUCGGCUGCGCCGGUUGGACCUUUAUCGAACUAUCCCAUCUUGGACAUCCCCUCUAUUCUCGUCCACGCUUACACAUCUCAAAAUAGCCACUAUGGGAGGCGAUGCUCAGUUUCCCAGCCGAUCGCUAUCCGUUCCGAAUGCCCUCCGCAUCCUUUCGCGUUUACCCAAUCUUCUACACCUUGAACUCCGGAACGUCUUCGCCGCAAUGGCGUCUGAUGCGGAUGAGGGAUUGCCAUCUUAUACUGCACCAAUUCGUCUCAAAAGUGUUCGCUUGAUCUUCCGGUAUGGUAUGGCCGUGGAAUGCGUGGCUGGCUUCCUUCAGGCCUCGACGUUUUCCGUAUCUACCUCAAUAGUCGUUCAGCUCGAGGAGUGCGCUCGGCGCGAUACUGUACAUGCAGCCGUACAGGGACUCUUUCGCGACAUGAACUAUGCUCCGCAGGCCAUGCAGCUCGUGCUGGGACAUAACCUUCUCCAGUUAUGGCCGUGGCAGCACUCGGAGCUGGCUUUCACGCCUGUGGUUGAUCCACACGAGGAUUCUCUCGAUAUGACGAUCCCUGGUCUGCGCUCCAUACAAGUCUGGGAUUGCGCAAGGACCCGAUUCAAUCCGGAUAGCGAUGAUUCAGUCGAAGACGCCACCCUCUUUCUUCCUCACCUUCCACGAGGGGUCAUUUCCUCAAUCGCAUUACUUCGCGAACUAGAGCUCCCCGCAUCUGCGUCGGCCUGGAUAUCCACGUUCGAAGGCUUUCUGGGCAUACAACACGCAUGCAUCGGGAUCAACUCUCACUUCCCGUCCUUUUGCGCUGGCUUACAGGAAACCUCUUCGGACUCGCGGUUCCUCUUAUUCCCUCGAUUAGAGGCCAUCACACUCGGUCGGUGGGGAGAUAGCCCAAAAGAGAAGCAACAAGCGCAUUCACGUGUAUGGUCCCUCGUCGCCGCUCUGGAGACGAGGCUAAGUGCCGAGAUCCCCGUCCGAGUGGUGUGUCUACCGAGAGAGGCAGAGUCUCUAGACAGCGAGACUUGGAUAAGGCUUCGGCAGUUGGCCGAGGUAUCGUAUUUUGACUGA